AUGAAUAAUACCAACAAAUUUUAUAAUGAAACAUUAUUUGCAGCAAGGUUCAGUUUCUAUCCAUGUUGUUCAAGACCCGAUUUUGUUCUUGGACUCAAGCCUCAUACAAUUAGAUCAGUAAUCACAGUUCUAUUGCAAGACAAUGGAGUGGAAGGCCUUCAAGUUCUCAUAGAUGAGAAAUUGGUCAAUGUCCCCACAAUACCUAAUGCUCUUGUUGUCAAUCAUGGUGAUCAAAUGCAGAUUAUGAGUAAUGGAAUAUUCAAGAGUCCAAUGCGCAGGGUUGUGACAUACAAAGAAAAGAUGAGGAUGUCAGUGGCCAUGUCCUAUGAACCAGAAUCAGAGAAUGAAAUUGGACCUGUGGAAAGCUUAAUAACUGACACACGUCCAAGGUUGUACAAGAAUGUUAGAAACUAUGGUGAAAUCAACUACAGGUGUUAUCAAGAGGGGAAGAUACCACUUGAAAUGGUCAAAUAUACAUAACAAUUCUCAUCAGCAUUAAGGCUACAAUUCCUACUUGAAUUCCCUGUGACAAUAGAAA